AUGGCAGACUCGGACGGCGAAUACGUGGAAAACCAGUCCGACGAUGGCGGCGGCGGUGACGACCACUAUAUGACACUGGAGCGAGGCGAGGACCGUCAGCCAGCCGGCCAGCGGCAUGGACGGCACCUGCAAGUACCAGGCGCGCACGCUCCAAGGCGACCGGGCGGUCCUACUAGCAACGGCCGGCCGCAUCAAAGUCAAGGCCCGGGCCAAGGACAAGGGCUAGGACAAGGACAGCGGCAGACGCGGCGAAAACAGACCCGCCAGAAGCAGCAGGCGUCAUGGGAGACGGUCAAACGGUCCUGGGACACGGUCGUCGAGGCUGCCGACGGCCAGAUCGUGGGCAUCGAGCUGCUCGAGGCGGCCGAGAAGCGCCGCCGCGUGCUGCGCGACACCACGCCGUUGCAGCGCGGCAUCAUCCGCCACAUGGUUCUCGUGCUCGACAUGAGCAUCGCCAUGGCGGCCCGCGACUACCUGCCCUCCUGCCACCGCGUCGCCCUCAACUGCGCGGCCACGUUUGUGCGCGCCUACUUUGAGCAGAACCCCAUCUCGCAGCUCGCCAUCAUCGCCAUGCGGGACGGCGUGGCGUUGCGCGUCAGCGACAUGGGCGGCAACCCGGCGGAGCACCUCGAAAAACUGCACGAGUGGGACAAUGUCGAGCCCCAGGGCCACCCCAGCCUGCAGAACGCGCUCGAAAUGUGCCGCGGCGCUCUGUUCCACACGCCCUCGCACGGCACACGCGAGGUGCUCGUCAUCUUUGGCGCGCUGCUCUCGUCGGACCCGGGCGACAUCCACGACACCAUUGGCGCUCUCCUGACCGACCGCAUUCGCGUGUCCAUUGUCGGCCUGGCCGCCCAGGUGGCCAUCUGCUCGGAGAUCUGCACGCGCACCAAUGGCGGCGACGACCGCUCCUACAAUGUCGCGCUGCACGACGUGCACUUUCGCGAACUCUUUCUCGCCGCAACUACACCACCAGCCACCCAGGCGGCCGCGGACCAGAGCAACCCGGCCAGCCUGCUCAUGAUGGGCUUCCCGAGCCGCGCCAUCGCCGACUCCCACGUUGCCGGCGGCGGCGGUCUCAGCGUGUGCGCCUGCCAUAACAAACCCGUGCGCGAGGGCUAUGCGUGCACGCGCUGCCGCACCAAAGUCUGCCGGCUGCCCGCCGAAUGCCCUGCCUGCGGCCUGACGCUGAUCCUCUCCACGCAUCUGGCCCGCUCCUACCACCAUCUCUUCCCGCUGCGCAACUGGUCCGUCGUGUCCUGGGUGGCUGCCGCGGCCGCCGUGCGCCAGCGCGGCGCCACGGCCUGCCACGCCUGUCUCGUGCCCUUUCCCGACCUGCCGCCGCCCGAACGGCUGCGCGAACUGCAAGCGGCCGCCGAUGCCGAUGCCGAUGCCGAUGCCGGCGACAAGGAGAGGUCCGGGGAUGCGGGCGCAGACACCGCCGGUGGCCGUCCAACACAGAAGCAACAGGGGACGGCCGGCGCCGCGCAGAUUGAUGCCUCCACGGACCCGGCCGCCGCGGCCCUCAACAACCAGCUCAAGGGCGUCAGCGAGAGCAGCCGCUACGCGUGUGAGGUGUGUGGCCACCACUUUUGCAUCGACUGCGACGUGUUUGCCCACGAGGUCGUGCACAACUGCCCCGGCUGCCAGAGCGACACGCGCCCGCCUGCCGAGAAGGAGGCCGAUGCACGCGCCCGUGCGGCCGAGGUGGCGGCGUUUGCGGCCGCCGCCGCCGCCACUGCCGCCGCUGCUGCCGCCUCGGCCAACUCGGCCGCAGUUGCUGCGUCCGAGGCCGGCGCCAUGGCCAACUCGGCGUCGUCAUCGUCCUCGGCGGCUGCCAUACGGCCAAAAACGAAGAUUUUACUCAAGGCGCGAGGGUCGGCAGCGGCAGCGCCCGCCCCGGCAGAGGGCAUGGUGAUUGACUAG